CUUAUAAACAAUGAGAUUAUAUCUUGUGAAACACAAAUAUGAGCACAAAAUGUCGAUUUGCUUAACUUUCGUCUCUACGUUUGUUGAGAUCAUCUUUCAUCGCAUGAUACACAUAGAAAGCUUAUGAACCUCUUUGAAAUCCUGUAAAAGGCCUUAAUUUGCCAUUCAAUGUGCAAGUAGCUGUAUGCCUUGACAUAUGUAGUAUGCUUGCAAUUAUAAGGAUUGGAUAUCUCUGUUAUUAAUAAAAUAUAGUAGAGAUGUUGAGCUUAGUUAUGCCCCGAUUUAAGUGACUUUUUGUGAGCAUAAUCUCAGCACCUCUAUUAUUUUUUAUGACCACAUUUGUGAAAAAUGCCAAGAUAUAUAGUUUUAAGUGCACUUUGUUUAAGAGAAGCAAAAUAUCAGCAUUAUGUACCUUCCCAUUUGGCUUCAACCUCUUUGAAGAUUGUUUGCUAUUGAGGUUACGUGUUAAGAAUUCAAAUAUGAUUUUGCUUUGCAAAAUUGAAUAUUUUUGUAGUAUCAAAAAGCUUGUUCUACAUCUCUUUCUACAAAAUAAUACUUCAAAUACAUGAACAUUUAUAGAACGCUAGUGUAUCUAAUUUGGGUAUUAACCAAGUUGUCAUGAUUUUAGAAAAUUCAUGCAUUAUCGACAGGUAUUGCAGCUAUUUUAUGCCUAAACCAAAACUGUUUUACAUUUUAGAUAUCUUAUUGCCUUCAAUUUCAUCUUCUCAUACAUCUACGUUCACAGCUGAAAAUGGUUAAUAUUGUGCCACUUUCAAGCACAAAUCCGGCUGGUGGACCCGGUCUUGCUUUUAUAGCCUACCCAGAGGCUAUAGCUCUGAUGCCAUUGUCGCCACUGUGGGCAAUUUUGUUCUUCAUGAUGCUACUGACACUAGGACUUGAUUCACAGUUUGUAACUCUGGAAACCCUGACUGGGAGCGUUAUUGACGAAUUUCCAGAACUUCUAAGGAAACGAAGAACUCUUUUUACAUUCGUGGUCUGCGCCCUCAUGUAUUUUAUCGGAUUCCCAUUGGUAACCAAUGGAGGAAUUUACGUGUUCCAGUUCAUGGAUUGGUAUUGUGCGGCCAUUGCUAUCGUCAUCAUUGCCAUAUUUGAGUCAGUGGUUCUGGCCUAUGUCUAUGGUGUUAGAAGGAUCUGUGAGGAUAUUGAACAGAUGGUGGGACAGCCUACGUUUAUUCUCUGGAAAAUCUGUUGGUGGGCUGUCACCCCCGGUUUGUUGAUGCUCCUGCUGGUGUUCACAUUGUUCAACUAUAAAGCUCCCACCUACGGUAGCUACCAGUAUCCAGAUUGGGCAGAGCCCCUUGGGUGGACGGUUGCAGUCAUCCCUCUCAUCCCGAUUCCAGCAAUUGCCGCCUGGAGACUUUACCAGAGCAAGGAGGAAAACUUGAAAAUGCGUUUCAUGAGGUUACUUCAACCGAGUUUGGACUGGCAUCCCCAGGAGCGUGAGCACAGACGAGUUCAGGUCAACGGAAACUGUGUCACGUACACGGCGCCAGAAGACAGCAUACGCUUACCAGACGAGAAAAAAGAAAUUAACGGUGUUGUCUGA